AUGGACCUGUACUCUCUUUCUUCUCCAUUUGAAUCGCCUUCUAUGACUAGUGAGGUUGCGCUCAUACCCUCUGUUCCAAUGCAUUGGGGCAAAAAGCCAAAGCGCUCGAAAACGGGCGCGGCAAAUGUCAAAUUACCAGAUCCUCAGAAAAUGAAGAUGCCGCCAUUAACUUUAGAAGAGAAACGGCAAAAAGAAGCACUGGCUGACAAUAUGGCUGCAUUAGAAGCUCAGCAAAGUCAACCGAAUGUAAACACGAGACCAGACAUCUUCCAGACUGAGUCAUUCUUGGCGGAUGAUAAAGCUGUGCGUGUGCGGUACCCACCAAGGGACAAGACUAAAAACGAGGCCCGCGACGAGGCCUUUAAUGCACUUAAUGGAAUUAGAGAGAAACCACUAGAUUCGACAGAUAUACAAGCACUGGAAAAUUUUGCUAAAGCCUUCGAACAAAAACCAGCAAAUCUAGGCAGAUUACAAGCAGAUUACAAGUUUCCCGCACGUGCAGGCACGCCAUCCACUACCCAUGACUCCUUCACAAGGACGGAACAAAUCAAUGACGAGCGAGAAUCAAGAGAACGUGAUUAUGACGAUCAUGAGAAGAAAGCGCGGAGAAAGAGUCAGCUGAACGUCAACGCGCGUGAAUUUACUCCAACAUUGUUUGCUACUACGGUGACGCCAAUGACAGAUGUGAGACCGGAAAGUCCGCGAAAAGUAAAAGUGAAAGACAGGAAUAUAAACGGCGAUGUUGAUCCUGACAUGAAUUAUAAGAAAAAACGCCGCAACCUUUCGUCUGACAUGAUGGGUAUAGAUUCUACUACAGCUUAUUCUCCUUACCCUGGCUAUGACACAACGGGCACUACUGUUCCCUUUUACGGUACGCCAACUCCAGUGUUUGUAGACACAAAGUCAGAAGAUAUGAGCCGUUUUGCGAGUGACAUACUUGCUCGCUUGGAAAGCUUCCAGAAACAACUAGACAAGAUUGCAUCAGGAAACAAUGCCAAUCAAGUAAGCGGAAAUAAUAUAGAUGUUGAGAUAAUCCAAGAGCAACUGACAGAGUUGGUCGGUCGCGUUGGAAAGGAGGUGGAAAGAAUUGUCAAAGACGCGCGGGAGCAACCCAGGAGUCUUUCCGAAAAUAUCGAAAAGAUUGUCGAGAAAGCGCUAUCAAACCUUCGACCGCCAGUCGUUGAUUCUGGAGGCAAUAUCGAAAAAAUUAUAGAAAGUGCAUUGUCAAAACAACCUCGACAGACUGUAGUUGAUUCCGGAACCAAUACUGAGGAAAUUAUCGAGAAAACGUUGUCGCGAAUCAGACAUCUUGACUCUGUAGAAUCGGUCAAGACUACUGCGCAAAAUGACGAGAAAUUGGAAUCCCUAUACGAACAGCUCUUGAAUGAGAUAAGAAACAGUUGUCAAGAGAUUCGCACUAAUCACCAAGAUAUCGUAACACGCGCAGAAGCGUUACAUAAUCGACAAGCUCAAUUUCAAAAUGAAACUUCCAAAGCUAACCAGCUGCAAAUGCGUCAGUCAGACCUGUACACAAUGCAAGAGACACUAUAUAAAAAUUACUCACAGCUUGUAAGCACUAUUCCUGAAAGCAUCAAAGAACUUCAGGCUCGUCAGAAUGAAUUGCAAUCAGAACAAGCACAGCUCCUCACUAAAAUGCAUAAUGACUUUAACCAUCAAGCAAGAUUACGUGAUACUGAGGAAAAACUUGGGAAAUUACACAUGGAGAAUGAAAAACUGCGGAGUAAAAAUAUCGAACUUGGAAACGAGAACGCAAAACUUAGUAACGAACUCAGCAUCUACAAACGCGAUAAUACUCGUAAUGACAGUCUCCAGAAUGAGCUCGUACAUGCACGCGAUCAAUUAAAGACCCGUGACCUUCAAAUUAAAGAAUUAACCGCUCAGAUUCAAUCGUAUAAGGAUAAGAAUCGCGCACAACAAGAUCAGAUUGAAAAAUUCAACGAGAAAGAAAGAGAUUGGCGCGAACAGCAACUGCAAUGGCAGGAAAAGGAAACCAAUUACGAGAAAAAUAAUAGCCAACUCGACCAUAAGUGUCGUCAGCUCCACUUGGAUAUAGGCAGAGCAGCACAUGAACACGAACGUCAAUUUGCUGAAGCUGAGACAAUGUGGAAGGCAAACGAAACCACCUUAAUUGCCAAGCUUAAAGAGAGUGAAAAACAACUUGAAGAAUUGCGUCAGCACCAGCGUCAAUUAGAGUCUGAAGCAUCAUCUGCCAAGCAAUUGCAAGAACGUAAUCAAGACCUCGAGCAUGCACUUAGCCGGCAAAAGGCCAAGUGUACAGAACUACAAAAACAGAAUGACAGUUAUCGUAACGAAGUGCAGCCACUUCGUUCAAAAGCAAAGGAAGCCGAAAUAGAACUUUCUCAACUACGUAAUCGUGUUAAAACAUUAGAGACAUCGCGUUCUGAACUGACGCAGAUAGGUCAACGCGAGAAGGAUAUGCACGCACAAGAAUUGGCGGCUCUUCGUGCCCAAAUCGAAAGUUUCGAAAAAGAGCAUAAGGAGCUGAAUCAAUUGCGCAGACGCAACGGGGAACUUGAAGUGCAAGUGCAAGAGAUUAAAACUCUCAGACAACAUAUUAAAGAUGUCGAAGGCCAGACAUCCGAACUCGAGCGUGUGUGUCGUCGUAUUGCUGAACUAGAAAAACAGGUCGAAGAAACCAACUUGCUUAAACGUCGUCUACAAGAAUGGGAAAUGCGAGGUGCGGAACUUGAACAAUUGCGAUCACGUAUUGCCGAAUUGGAUGGCCAAAGGCGAGAGAUGGAGGCCGCACAACAGCGUUGUCGUUCUCUUGAAGAGCAGGUACAGAAGAAUUUGACCGAACUGGAGAACUUUAGGACUCAGGUUCAAGAUCUUACGGACCAAAAUUCGCAAAUGUUUGAAGAAAAGUCGAAGGUGCAAGAAUACGCGACUCAACUCCGCUUAAAGGAUCAAGAGUUAGAAGCCACGCGUUCCGAUCUCCGUCACACACAGGAACUCGUCAAUACCUUAAAAGACGACGUUGAGGGUUUAACCAAAGUUCGCGCUGAACUCUUUGAAUCGCAGAAACGAGUAAGGACUUUAGAAGAAGAACAGACAAGACUAAAUGCAGAGCUUUCGCGGAUGCACAAAACACCAGUGUCGUCAAACACAUUCGGAACUCAUCCAGCACUUAGUCAGACGCACAGUAGACAGAGCAGUGUUAAUGGUUGGGGGGAUCUCGUGGAUGAGCACAGAAUUGCUAGGGAUAAUUUGAUGUCAAACGGAGAUGGCGACACGUACUCACCGCAAGGAUCUGCGUCGGGUUAUACGAUGUCUGUUUCGUUGCCUCCACCAGCGCCUUAUAAUAAACCACAUGGACAUCCACUGCACGGACAUCCACAACCUGGACAACAACCACGCCUACAACAUGGGCAACAACCGCACGGAUUGAACCCCACACAAUCAUCUCAUGUUCAAUCUCCUCACCCUCAUGUCCAACCGCCUCAUACGCAACAACCUCAUACGCAACCACCUCAUAUCCAACAACCUCAUACGCAACCACCUCAUAUCCAACAACCUCAUACGCAACAACCUCAUAUCCAACAACCUCAUACGCAACCACCUCAUAUCCAACAACCUCAUAUCCAACAACCUCAUACGCAACCACCUCAUAUCCAACAAUCUCAUACGCAACCACCUCAUAUCCAACAACCUCAUACGCAACCACCUCACGCACAACCACCUCACGCGCAACCACCUCAUGCACAACCACCUUAUACGCAACCACCUCAUACACAACCACCUCACGCGCAACCACCCCAUACUCAACCACCCCAUACACAACCAUCUCAAAUGAUGCCAUCAAAUCAACCAAAUGGAGUGUCCUCAAUAGUGCAACAACCUCUUCCACCACUAGCUCCAAGUUACCCGCCACAUGGACCUCCGCCACAGUCUGUCACUGCACAGGGAAACCAAUCAUCGCAAGCGAUACCUCAACAGUCAGCCUACGAUCAAUCAUAUCUUCCGUCAUCUGAGCAAUCGUCCCAGUCCAGUGCCACCAAACCUCAAGCGAAACAACGUUCUUCUUCACCAGUCUCGCCGACGCGCAAAGCCCAUAGUCGUAGUUCCUCUCGUAACAUUAACAAUUCCUCAUCCAGUUCGAGCAGACCGAAUAAACCCAAUCACAAACGUGAGGGUAAGAAUCGUGGACAAAAGAAAGCGGCACAAUCCGAGUCGAGUAAGAACGUAAAUAAUGAUAUGGGAAAUGAAAAUCUUGGGGGUAGAUCUUCUUCGACGCCUGUCCCGCAUUUGGAAGGAGGAAAGAGUAAUAAUAAUGGAGAUAACACUGCGAGCGCGAAAUGGAAUGAUAAGCCAUUGGUUAGCGAAAGCUGGUGGAAUUGA